AUGCCUUCUGAGGAAGCCUUCGACAUAUACACCAACACCGAAGCUCCCGCGACCAAAAAGAAGGCGAGCAAGAGACAUCGAGGGGAGAGGUACCUCACCAUAGGACACAGCUGGCACCGAAACGAGGAGACCGAGGCCAGAUUUGAUGUGGAGAUCAAGGCUGUUGAGGCCAGAUACGCCGAGGAGAUAAAGGCGGGCGAGGCAAAACAUGUCGAACAGGCGAAGGCGGUCAAGGCCAGAGUUGCCGAAGAGCUUAAGGCGACCGAGGCUAGAGUUGUCGACCUGAUCGAGGAGCUGAGGAGAUGCCAAGAGUCGGUGGUCAAAAUUACUGCGGUCAAGGAGAAGUUUAAGGAGGCUUCAGAGAUUAACUUCAAAGAAGCAUCCAAACUUCAAGAUGACCUAGUGAUCAGCCGAAAGGAAACCGUUGAGCUGGAGGAGCGAACAAAACUGCUCGAGGAAACCAAUGCUCGCAAUCUGGAGAAGUUCAAGGGAGCAACUUUCAACUCCUUCUACUUAUUCUGGAAGAACAAUCCAGAGGCGAACUUUGACUAUCUUCCCGAGCAAGUAAAGAAGGUUAAAAUUGCCAAGUGUGCUACUCGUCUAGUGGAGGAACAGAAGGCUCAAGAGUCCCCUGAAAUCUCCUUGGCGACUGGCACCAAGGCUGUUGAAGAUGAUGUAGGGACCACCGUCGACCAGCAAUCUCAGAUGGAUCCUCCUACCGCUCAGUGA